GUCUGUCGCCCUGUGAGGGAGCCCCUCCCUGUGUUUCUGCCCAGCCUGAAGGGAAAGUCCAGCUCACUUCAACCUGAGAGACUCACUGAGAACAGCUGCUCGCUCCACAGCUCGUCUUCAUCGUCCUCACCUCCAUCACCACUGCCUCUUCAUCUCCAUCUCUCCAUCCUCUUCCUCAGCUGUGUCCCUCCAUGGCGGCCGCCUCCAAGUCCUCCCAGAAGGCGAAGAAUGUGGUGAUCGCCCUGCUGGCGCUCUGGUCCAUCAUCUCGCUGAUUGUCAUCGUGGUGUGGGCGACGUCUCCGGACCUGAAGAGCUCGGCUCAGUGCCGCGCCGAGCUGCAGGAGAUGAGGGAGAAGCUGGAGGGGGCCAAGGUGGUGUUUCAGAAGGACAAGGUGGCUCUGGAGGAGCAGGUGACGGCGGCGAGGGAGGCGCAGGACCGCCAGAGGGCUGAGAUCCUGCUGCUGCUGGAAAGCAUCAAUGCCACCAACGCCACGCUGGAGGAGUGCCGGCAGGAAAACGUCGUCCUGAACGGGAACAUCAGCGUCCUGCAGGAGACGGUGGAGCAGCUCCGUGAAACAAAGGCCAACCUCACGGCUCAGAUCAGCGAGCAGGAAGAUCACAUCGAGGCGCUGCAGCAGAACGUGACGCUGGCGGGACAUCAGACCGAGUCCUGCUUCAGUCUGAAGGCUGCCGCCGAGAGCCAGAUGUUGGCGGCUCAGAGUCAGACCAAAGCCUGCGAGUCCCAGCAGCAGUUCCAGCAGAAACAGCUGAUGUUGGACACAGGUGUCUUCCUGUCCUCCAGGAUGUUGGACACAGGUGUCCUCCUGUCCUCAACCACCCAAACUGGUCUGAAGGGAGUCAGUGAGUCGGCCACAGGUAGACUGACUCAGUCUGAACACCUGGUCCAGUGUGGCGUGACGAGGCUGGCUGCUAGCAGGAUUGUGGGUCAGAACAGCCGGGAACACGCUGGCCUGCAGACGGCAGAAUGUGACCUGAUGCAGUGGAACAUCCUGCCUCCUGACGACGCCGGCUGCUUCAUCCAACACCUUCAUCAUCAUCAUCAUCACUGUCGACCCUCAUGA